AUGUCAAUAUCUUCUGGCAUUUCAAUAGAUAUCGCUUCCAGAAAAAAUGAUGAGAAAAGUUUAUAUCGUUACGGAAAAAAUAAAACUGUCUCGAGUAGAACACCACCCGUGGAGAGACUCACAAAUCCCAAAGAACUGGGUGAUUUACUUUUGUUAACAACUUUUCCUUUAAAAUGUUAUUUAGUUGCAAAUAAUUUCCUGAAAAAGCAGGGCUUCAACUUUGAUCGUUCAAUACGAAUGAAAUUGAUUUCAAAAUCACAUUACAAACACAUCAACUGCACACGAAGAGAGAAGCUUGAAGAUUUAAGACAUUCUGCAAUUUGCCCCUCGGCUCAAGGAAAAUGUGGGAAAUCAGAUUUUGGAAAUCAAUUUGAUUGGGAACGAGAUUCUAAUUUUAUCUCAAAAAGAAAAGAAUUUAACGAUUCACUGAGAAGUGAAGAGUGUUUGGCUGCUGCUGAUACAAGCACCUUCCAUCAUUGCGUCAAGCUGAAUCCAGACUUUUAUGGUGCAAAACUGGGUGAAGUUAGCAGACCCUAA